UUCUUAGCAACAGGGAGAGGACGCCAUAAUUUUACAAGGGACAAAAUGACAGGAGAGAACGAAACUGUUACAAUGGAUCCACCACAUGUGUAUGUGGAACGGACAUUAGCAAUUAUCAAACCAGAUGCAGUUCAUAAGGCAGAAGAAAUUGAAGAUAUAAUUUUGAGAUCAGGAUUUUCCAUUUUACAGAAAAGAAGGGUCCAUUUAACACCUGAACAAGCUAGUGAUUUUUAUGCUGAACAUUUUGGAAAAUUUGCAUUUACAAGUUUGGUAGCUUACAUGAGCAGUGGUCCAAUGAUAGCACUAGUUCUAGCACGUGAUCAGGCUAUAUCAUAUUGGAAAGAAUUAAUAGGACCUACUAAUUCUGUAAAGGCAAAACAGACACACCCUGACUGUUUGAGAGCUAUAUAUGGUGCAGAUGAUCAGAAAAAUGCAUUACAUGGGAGUGACACUUUUUCAGCGGCAGAGAGGGAAAUAAGAUUCUUUUUUGCAGACAGUGUAAUAGAACCAGUCCAGACAGGCCAAGCUGCAAAAGAUUACUUGUCCAAAUCUGUAAAUCCAACAUUACUGAAAGGUCUGACAGAAUUAUGUAAACAGAAACCAAUAGAUCCUGUGAUCUGGCUUGCAGAUUGGUUGCUUGAAAAUAAUCCAAAUAAACCCAAAGUUCGACAGCAAGUGGAAGAAUUAUGAACUUUAUUGACAUUUACUCCCUUGUAUAUAUACAUUUGUAAAUAAAAAAAAUUAAAAUUA